AUGGAUGAUUUGUGCACCCUCGAUCUCGGUGAUGUCGAUUGGGCGAAAACGGUUUUGGGCGAAGAUCCGCUAGACACUUUGCAAGCAUAUUACAAUUGGAAUGACAACGAUCAAAAUGAUGAAAGUGAUUCAAAUAAAGAUUCACCAUUUCUUUCCGAUGAUUGUUCUCUGUUAUUGCACGAAAUCGCGAAAGACACCGAAAUCGACAAAGAGCUUGGUCUUUGUCUUAAAGAGCCGAGUCCAUCUCAUUUAGAUGAUGGAGAUGAUUGGACGGUGAAAAUUGAAACGAGCUCAUUCGAUUGGGGUUUGGACUCAGCCGGGCAUUCAUCACUCAAUUCUCCAUCGGGUCUAGAUGAGAUGUUCCCGAAUACUUCAAAUGCUAACUCUUUUGCUAGCAGUCCCUCAAUGUCGGAGUCGAAUUUCUCAUUUGGUGAUGUGCUUUCAGAUAACAGUUUUGUCGAUCAAUCAACCAGCACAAAUUCCGACUACUACAAUCGGCAACCAGUUCAGCGGCCAAUUUUGCAAACGGAAAAGCGCCCGGUUAGACUGGAGACAUCGGCCACAGCGAGCACGAAUAUGUUGACAAGGAGCAAGAAGAGGCCACCGGUCAGUACCCGAACAGCUUUGAUGACUCCAAAGCAACAAACGAAACCGGCGGGUACGAGACGAAGGGGAAGACCAGAGAAAGAUCCCCGUCUUCCACUGCACCAACGCAUCGCUCCACAACCACAACAAGGAGCAAUUGAGCCGUCAACCAUUUCCCUCUACACAGAUAACACCGAGCCCAUCAAUCGAACGACUGCCUCCACUUUCCCCAUUCGUCAUCCUGAAACGAAAACGGAAAAUAAAGGACCAAUGUUAGCAACUCAGGAGAUGAUUCAGCAAAUCUCAACUUGUCGAUGUGAAGAGUUGGCUUCAAGAGCAAAAAAUCCCACGUUAAAGAAGGGACAGUUGAUGAGAACAACUGGUUCAGUAAUGCCACAGUGUGGCGUUCAUCGAGCGAACACUUUCCAAUCGACAGCCUCAACCGCUGCAGCUGCAUUGAUGCGGAAACCGAUUUUGAUGCGAAAACGUCUCCGCGAGUGCACGAUGGUCUGCUGGUUGUUCCGCACUUUGCUCACCGCCGAGUACCGAGCGCUGCCAUUGAACGGGAUCUUUGAGGUCUUCGAAGAUACGUUCACCAACCCGACUACAGCUCAUGGAAGGCAUUGGCGACAAUCGAUUCGACACUGUCUCAUGUCGAGCGCUGUUUUUGUCCGGGUGCUCACACCAAAUCCAAGAAAGGAUUUCCUUGUGAUGAAUGAAGCCGGCUCUUGGUGGACAGUUCAUCCGGAUACGGAAGCUCUUUGCGCGCGUGAGGUUUUCGCUCUUGGAGCCGGACAUCGAUGCCCUCCGCAACAGGGUGUUCCGUAUAGACUCAGAUUUGGUCGAACUGAUGAUCGACAACAAUUCGAGCGAAGAGGCACCGCGUUUCUGGGCGAGCGCAUCUAUCGAACACCGCCUCCAUUGGCACAAAGGAGGAUUUCUCAACACACUCAACACCAACGGCAAUACAUGCAACAAUUCCGGAACUACACAAAUCUGCAGGCGUUGCGCUUUGGAGUGAAAAGUGGGAUGGCUGCUCCACCGCGAGGAGAUCAAUUGGUUGUUGAUCACGAGGAAGAAGUGUGC